GCUGUCCCUGCUCAUGCCCCUUCUCCCAUCCCCUCUCCCGUGGUGCGCUGGGGCACCUCUGGACACCAUCCUGCUGAAGGGACUGGAGGGAGAGCAGCUGUCCUCUUCUUGGCCACGGAGCCAGAAGCCUGAAACUGCCCCUCUCUCCAAGCUGACCAGCCUASAGAAAAAGACACCCGACCUGAAAUGUGGACUUCGUCCUAUUGAUCUGAAGAGCCCAGAGGAUUUUCUACCACUUGGCUCCUUCUCUCGGAUUGUUGGUGGGAGAGACUCWGUUCCUGGAGGACACCCUUGGCAGGUGUCCCUCAAACUGGGCCGUUUCCAUUUCUGUGGUGGCAGCCUAGUCCGAGAAGACGUGGUCAUCACUGCAGCUCACUGCAUGGCCAACCUGGAGCAGAAGCUGCUGGGGCGGCUGGUGGCGACGGUGGGCGAGCACGGGCUGCGGCGGGCGGACCGCGAGGAGCAGAGCAUCCCUGUGGCGCGCRUCGCCGUCCACCCGGGCUUCGAGGCGCGGCGCUACCCGGAGCGCGACGUGGCCGUGCUGCGGCUGCAGCGCCCGGCGCGACGCGGGGACGAGGUUCACCCCAUCUGCCUUCCGCACAGGGAUGAGGACUUUGAGCCUGGGACCCUGUGCGUGGCUAGUGGCUGGGGCAAAAUGUCAGAGGGCUCCGGGCGGCCUGCGGCCGUGCUGCAGGAGGUGGAGCUGCCCCUGGUCGACGGCGACGCCUGCGGGGCCCUGCUGCGGGACGCGGGCCUGCCGGCGCCGCCGCGCGGCUCCGUGCUCUGCGCCGGCUUUCCCGAUGGCGGCAAGGACGCCUGCGAGGGUGACUCUGGAGGCCCCCUCGCGUGCAUGAGACCCAGCGGCGCCUGGACCUUGGCCGGCGUGGUGUCCUGGGGGGUGGGCUGUGCCAGGGCCUGGGGUACCCCAUGGGGACACACCGCGGACCGGGGCUCCCCAGGCGUCUUCUCCCGGGUGGCUGCGUUCAUGGACUUCAUUGCUCAGCACAUGACAGCUGCUGCUGUGCCCAACCCUCUUCCCAUGCCAGCUCAGUGCAGUUCCCAAGGCAUACCGGUUUUUGGAGAAAAUGGUCGCAUUCAGUAUCCMCAGGCUUUGGAGGAUAAUUACCCUGACAACAGCCUGUGCAUUUGGAAUAUAACAGUGCCAGAAGAGAAGAUCAUCUUGAUACACUUCACCAAGCUAGAUGUAGAGAGUCAAGUUGGAUGUGAGUGUGAUUACGUCUCCAUCUACUCGAGUAGAAGAGAAUUAAUCAGUAAGAUGUGUGGGGACGUGCUGCCGGCCCCUCUGCUGGUAGAGUCAGACAGAGCCACCGUCACGUUUGUUUCUGAUGGAGACAAUACUGGCCGUGGAUUUGAGCUCGCCUUCACGGCCGUCCCCAAGGAAUCUGAAGCAGGUUCAGGCUGUGGGAGUGUGGCAAUCCUAGUGGAAGAGGGAAGGAUUGAUACUGCUAAUUACCCUGGCUUGUAUCCCAGGAACACAGAGUGCCACUGGCUCAUUGAGGCUCCAAUAGAGAAUACCAUAAAGCUGGAGUUUGAAGACUUUGCUGUAGAACCGAGUCCGAGCUGUAUUUAUGAUGCAGUUACUSUUUACAGCGAUGCUGAAGAAGAAAACCAGUUAGCUAAUCUCUGUGGAUUCUCCAUUCCUAAACCCGUAGUGAGCCCUGAGAAUACAAUGCUGGUGCAUUUUGAGAGUGAUGGAGAGAACAGCUUCAGAGGAUUCAGAGCCAGGCUCACUUUUGUUCAUUCAGGAGAAGUGGAAAGGGAAAACUUAGAAUCAACUACUGUGCCAACAUUGCCUCUGAAAGAGCUCCCCUUGGGUGCCUGCGGUCUCCCUGCACUCGCUCCGUGGUGGCUGUUCCAGCGCCUUACAGGGAGCGAAGAGGCCUGUCCCCUCUGCUGGCCUUGGCACGCGGCCCUGAAGCUCCUUGGAGGCUACCGGUGCRACGGGGCUGUUGUGAGCCCCGCGUGGCUGCUGACGAGCGCCCGCUGUGCGCGCCUAUCCAAUAACCCCUUGCACUGGACUGUGACAGUAGGAGACCAUGACAGAGGCCUGAGAGAGUCAACAGAACAGAGGAGGCGCGUGAAGACCAUCGUGGUGCAUCCCGAUUUUGACCCAGCGAGCUACGACUCUGACGUUGCCCUGGUUCAGCUAGAGGCUCCUCUGGAGUACAGCGCUGCGGUGAGGCCAGUGUGCUUACCCCACAGAACGGAGACCUUGCCUUCCUCUUCCCUCUGUGCUGUGUCUGGAUGGGGGAUCACUGAAGAAGCAGAUGGGAGCCAAGCUAAGCGACUGCAGCAGAUGCAAGUUCCUGUACUUGAAAAUGAAGUCUGUGAGAGGAACUACUACUUAAGUCACCCUGGAGGGAUCACAUCGAGGAUGCUUUGUGCAGGCUUUGCUUCUGCUGGAGGGCAGGACUCCUGUCAGGGAGUCUCUGGUGGCCCWUUGGUUUGCAGCAAGGAAAAUGGACCAUUUGUUCUUCAUGGCAUUGCCAGCUGGGGAGUUGGCUGUACCAGACUAAAGAAGCCAGGAGUCUACUCAAGAGUGAUGGCUUUCCUGGACUGGAUCAGGCUAACCAUGAAAGGGGUUGAAGAGAACGUACUGCAGGGAAGCGAUGAUGGGCUCGGGACCUCGGCAUGGGAACAGCCAACAAGUGUGCCCCAAACGUACACAAACUUCGUGGGAGAAGCAUGCAAACAAGGAUGCAUGUCAGAAGUGGAGUCGGAAGAGCCCAGGAGCUUUAUCACGGCUACUUCAUCGUCAAGAUAUGUGGAAAGCAGAGAGCACUUGGAUGCUCUGACUGUCUCUGAAGGGCAUGGCGAAGAUUAUAGCAAAGCAUCUGUCAAUGCUAACACCACUGAGCUGUCAGGAGGAGCUUCUUGGGAUUUAUGAAGAGAGCCAAAGAGGAGGAAAAGUGCAGGGGAACAAACAAUCCAAGCGAGGCUGUUCAGACCUAGAUUUUUUUUUUUUUGCUUGGGCUAAUUUCAGAAAGUGCUUCUGUUGUCAGUUGUAUGGCUCUGCAGCCUUGAGUCAAACCCUGCAGCCUGGGCUAUCUGAGUGUAAGUUAACCCCCUUGUUCCCUUUGUAAGCAGGCUGCCUUGAGAGGGAGAGAACAGCCAUUAGUCAUCUGUGAUGGAAGGUAAAAGAGGCUAUUGCUGGGCAAAGCUGGGGCAUUCAGGCAAGCCAUGGGAAGGGACUUGUCCAUGGAAGGGACUUGUGACCCACACUAGCAGCUUUUAUUCAGUGACACUUGCCCCUUCCCUUCCUUUCUACCUCCAGAAGCCUUUGGCUGUAGUGAAAUGCAAAGGCAGUAAGUAUUACCUAAGUCUUGGAAAUGGAAUAAAUGGAAUUGGACCCAGUGUUAGGGUCUGGGGAGUAUGAGUGUGACUUUUUACAUGAGGUGCAGAACACCACAGCUUUCCCCCAUGCUCCUUCAGACCCCGCUGAGGUCCAGCCUACUCACUGAAACAUGCAACCUGCAGAAGUAAGAGAAGGCUGAAGAAAAAUGAAGGCAAGAGCUUGAAUGUUGUUCUAAAAAUUAUUUUUUCUGAGGCCUGUGUCUUCACAGGUGUGCAUGCAGACUGUGAACUUGGCCCCAAAGUGCUGGGGUCAAAUGCUGUUUGCUUCCUCUUCUGGAGGCUCUGUGUGAAGAGCUGGGGUAGUGGAAAAGUCAAAGAGGAGAAGAUGCAGAGCAGUAAUAUACUUGUACAGCUGCUUGAAAUGGCAACUUCAAGGCUAACUUUCUUGACUAUUGUGCAAACUGCAUACUAUGAAAAUACUUAUGCAUCAAUAAAGUCAAUCCUGUACUGCACUUUGGGAUGGAAGGGAGAAUAAUGCUGCCUACAUGUGCACAAAUGAUAGGUGCUAAUUUAGCUGCUCCCCCUAAAGCAUUGGAGCUGUCAUAGCUCCUUCAACUGCUGUUUCAGUGUCUGCAGAGGUAAAGAACAAAACAGACUGAGGAGUUUUAUUAUUAUGAACACUGAAGAAAGGUUGGUGCCUUUAGACUAAGAAUGGCAAGUGAAGAUUAUUAGUUUUUACAACAGAGAAAUGAGUUGGCAUAAACUGACACAAAAUGUAAAUGGGAUGGGAAAGCAAGGGUAAAGGAAGAGAAGAAGAAUGGUGAAGGCUGAAUCUUGAAGAUGUUAUAUUAAGUGUGCUUAAUAAUAUUCAGUUUGGGAAAAUGAUCCUUUUCCUGGUCUUCCCUUUCAUCAAGGUGAGGGUUUCUCUGCAUUUUGUUUGUGGAGAUGUAAUUUAUUGUGACUAUAGGAUGUAUUAGUUGCACAGAAGCAUUUUUCCUGGGCAGACACUUGAAGGUCUAGAACUUGUUCUCUACCUACUUUCAAAAUUAAGCAGUGCCUCUGCAGAGAACAGUUUUCAGAUAAUAGCUGUUCUGUGUAGACCCUUGUCAGCUUGCAUCACACAACUGCUGAGGGCUAAUGCUCUGCAGAAGAGCACCCAUUUAACUAACCCUCGCUCUUAGAUAAGGGUUUAUGUGUAUGAUCAUCAUUGCUCUUAUACUAGAAAAAUAUCCGUCUGCCAAAACACCGAAACUUGAACAACAUUGCCUCUUUAUAAUGAAAUAAGCCAGCAAUUUUUCAGGAAAAGUUCUUUAAAGGAAGGUGCUAGGUGUGUGCAUAUAUAUACACUUAUUAUUUUCUUGAAAGAGUAUCUAAAAUUCAGCGUGUAAGUUCUCUUUGAGGCAGGCUAGAGAAGGGAAAGAUGGGGUAAGGAGCUCUUGGAGUACUUCACAACUAUCUUCCAAGAAUUUAUUUUUAAAAGUACACACAAAAAUUGUUGAAAGUAUCCCCAUUACACCUGAGAAUAACCAUUUAACUAUCACAACUAUUUAUAUGAAGGACAGAGGAAAAUACUAUCAGAAAUAUAGCCCUAAUCUAAACUUUUUCUUGGGGCAGUAGCUCUCUUGAGCUUCUUCCAGAAUACACGCAGGGCUAUGCUGUAAUGGCAUUUGUUAUGGCUGGCAGUUUUUCAGGUUUGGAUAUAUUCAGCUCUUCUUAUCGCUACUCCCAUGCCAACAGCUAGAAACAGCCUGACUUUUUUCU